UUAAUGACAGUCAAAAAAGUAACCUAACUUUGUGACAGACUAAAUUUGUUCACAGUUUUAAAGAAAUUUUACUGUAUUGUUCUGUGAACAUUUAAAAUGUUUUUGACACUUAAAUUGCUGUCUAAUAAACAUCCCGCUUUUAUAGCGCGUACAGUGUUUGUAAAAAAUAACGACGUAGACAAUGCCUGCAGACUGGUAAACAGAAUACUUGGCAAAGAAGGAAUCUUAGAACAAUUCAGGCUUACCAGAUAUUAUGAGAAACCUUUCCAGACACGACGCCGAAUCAACCAUGAGAGAUGCAAAGCGAUUUACAAUGAGGACAUGGAACGCAAGAUAAAAUUUGUACUAAGGAAGAAUCGCCAUGAACCAUUCCCAGGCUGUCAUUAGUUAAUUUAUUAAAAUAGAUCAAUAAAUGUAUCAUAGUGUUUUUUAAA